AUGGACGUUCUGCUGAAGAUCUGCAGAGAUCAGGGGCGGGCCAACUCCCUGAAUCCAGCGGAUUUUGACUCUAGCAUCUCGGCCAUCGCCAACCUUCCGGUAAAGCAGUUCAUGACAGCAGCGAAAGACGGCUGGGGCCCGUACUUCCGUAACCUGCACAGCAACAUGCGCAAGGAGACGACCGCAAGGUCUACCACCACCGCCAAAAGAAUGAAUAGACCGCCACCGGAGCGGCGAAGAAGAUCGAGUCAACAACAACACCCACCCUUACCACUUCCGCGAAGGGCAUCAUCAGGAGCGACAAAAGACGAGAAAAAAAACAACCGAAGAUACAGCAAGGUCGCCAACGACCUCCAUCAUAUGGUACGCAGCGCUGACGUCGCCAGUUCUGACAGCAACAAUCGGCGGAGGAGGAGGCAAAGCGAAGACGACAACUCCGAUGGCUUGGCGGCUUCGAGAGCGAGGGCGGCCAAGCGCCAGGCGGAGGAAAUGGUGAUCCGAAGGAUGGGCGUUCGCCUGCAGGCUCUAUGGCAAGAGCUCAAGAUCCCGGAUCCAGACCGGGCGUAUGUAACAGCCGCGUACCUUGACGCCGGCGGAGGGGGUGGUGGUUUUUCGGGGCAGAGAGCUCGUGGCGGCGGUGGGAUCGAGGAACCACCAGUCGGCAGCGGUGGUGGUGGUGGUGGUAACAGUGGUCCUACGAGCGAGAAUGUUAAUCGCGAGCUGACGAGACAGAUACGCCUUCUUCUCGAGCACAGGGCUGCCACAGUAAAGGUGCUCCGCUGCGUCAAUGCCCGAGAGUCGAGACUAUGCGAGGUAGAGCAAGCCCUGCAAGCAUUCCAAUGGCACAGGGGGCUCGACACCGAUGCUUUAGGUGUCGUGGUCUCUCUGGCCGGGCUCCGCGACGCCUCGCUUGACGUCGUUCGCGCGGUGGAGGAAUGGCGAACAAACCUGUGGCAGCCGCGAGCGUUCUGUUGGCGAGGGGUCAACUAUCUCGAAAAGAUGUGGCAGGACACCAUCUUUCUACGCUCUCCCGUAGGGCAAAGCUUGCUUGCCUCUGUGGGUUUGGAGGCCAAAGACAUGACGUUCGUCCUCUACCCGUCCGGCAACGGUGGAGGUGCACCAUCAGCAAUACCUGGAGACAGCUCCACGUGCGGCAGCGAAUUGUCGGACGGAGAGAGGGACACGAAGGGUGAUGUGCUCCGACCCCCUCCGGCCAUCGUGCGGCUGACGCCAAAGGCUGAGCUCGUGUCGGCGUACCGAGCCCGCUAUUUCGAGCAAUCACCGGUUGUUGGAGCUGGCGGGCGGCCGGGAGGGGAAAGCGGGGAUGUAGGAGGGGAAAGAGGGCGGUUAAAAUCGACAGCGGCAGCAGCUACAGCCGCCAUGGAGGCGGUUGUCGUGCAAGAAGCCGCGUUGCAGCGGAGGGUGGAAGCCGAACGGGUUCGCCUGGCGACGAAGGGUUGUUUCGUGCCGCUACUGCGGUGGCUGCCAGGGGAUAGCAGAAACCCCGCCCCGAAGGGAAAGCGUCGCUGGUCGUCUUCCUCGCCUCCGUCAGUGCCGCCUGCUGCCCGCAACCCACCGCCUGGCGCAGAGAGUGAAACACAUGCGGCAAAAGACGUUGUUGAUAGUUUUGCGCACAACGACGGGCGCAGCGGGGUUCCUGCCGUGCGAGAUGUUUCCGUCAGCGCCGCGAUACCUCCGGAUCCCCUCACAGGCGGGGCGGAAGAGGAGAGCAGGAGCGAGACAGAUAUAGCUAGGAGGAGCGCUUGCACCGUUGGUGCCGAGGCAAGAGCUGGUGAAAAUGGAUGUUUGAAGGUAGUGGCAACGAGUGAGUGCGGAGUUGGGAGCGCAGGGAUACCUGUGGGUGGGGUUAGUAGUGGUGAUGAUGGUGAUGGUGACACGGAUAAGCCCUCGAUCGUCCCGGGGGAACUACGACAGGAGGGUAUUGUCGAUGAAGAGAGGAGCGUGGCCCCAAGCGUUUGCUAUGACGAUGAUUUCGAAGAAGACGCUGAGGGUUACUCUUUGAGCGACUCGGAGACGAGCGGCGAAGGUGGUAGCGCUGACUUCGGGGAGUGCCUGAACGGAAGUAUCAGCAGCGACGAUGCGAAAGACGCACGCCGGGACCAAGGCGUCGCCCAUACAACAGAGGAGGAAGGCGCUGCCAUCUCUUGUGGCGAGGGGAGACAAAACCCCGUUGUCGGAGGCAACAACGUGCUGACGGAGCACCAAAGACAGCAACAGCUGGUGGAGGAGCGGGAGACCGUGGCCGCAACGGCGGCGCUACGGAUACAAAGGCGUGAGAUUUCGGAGAAUGUCGACCUACGUCAACAGCAAGAGGCGGAGCCGGAUCCAGAAUUGGCAGGCGUUGGUGUCUGCCGUGGGACCGCGAGGCAAGGAGAGGAGGAGAUUCUGGCCGUGUCCUCAGAAUUUGACUCGGCAGAGGCGGCAACGAGGAGCGACCGCAGCGCAAGAACGAUCCAGAAGGCCGUCAGGAGACGGCUUUCCUCGGGAAAUACAACCAGCAAAGCCGACGGGUUGCCUGCGAUGGAAAUAAAAGGCCAGCCGAAGACCCUUGAAGAAGAAGCUCAGGGGCAGCCGGACGCAGGAAAGAGAGGUGACGGCCCGGGAGCGGUGCUAGUCAAUCGCUGCGGCUCUGGUGAUGGUUCUUUUAUCCCCUCGCAACAAGCACCAGUGGUGGCGGCGGAAUCGUCUUCCCCUGUUGUCCGAGCUGGUGAUGAACUCGACUCCCCGUCCUCCCCUGCUGCUGUUGAUGGGACUCCUUCGUCGACUCCAGCAUCAGGAGCCGACGGUCUUGACGCUAGGUUAAGCGACGCUGACGGCAAAAACAAUCGACCGGAUGUCGCCGAAUCUGCGUUCGUGGAGGCUGGUCUGCCGUCCACCAGUCUUCCUUCGGAAGAUUCCGCAGAGAGUGAAACUGCUGAUGAUGCUGCCGGUGGUGAUCUCUCCCAAACACUACAGCAUCCCCGAGAAGGGAGCAAUUUUCAACCGGAAGGCGCGAGUUCGUGGUCGCCGCUGCCAUCCCCGACAACACCCCGGCCGGAAGCAGCGGAAAGAGGCCAACAGGAGAACGACCAUCAGCCACGGCAAGUGGAAGGGGGCGGAGAAGCCGCCGUCUCUUUGCCCCCGUCUUCCGCCACCGCUUGCCCACCCACCCUCGGUCCAACAGUGGACGUCUUCGUCGGCUUGCUGCCGGUGGACACGGACACGUCAGCGGACGCGAUGAUGACCACCGUCGGCGGUACCCACGCCGGGGGCGGGGCUGAAUCGCUAGGGUUUUCGGCCGUCGGUCUGUCUCCCGUUCCUGAGCGCCAAGCGCUGGUGGCGGUGGCCGCGUCGGCGUCGGAGUAUGGAUCGGAAGAUCCCGACUUCGACGCCCUCUCAUCGAGUCCAGGCGGCAGCAGCAGGGGUGGCGUCAGCAGGGGGGAGGAGGAGAACGCCGGUGUUGCGGCACGAGUGGCAACAAGAAGUUCCGUUGUCACCACCGGAGAGAAAGUAGAGGAACCGACCGAAAGCCGAGGGGUUGAGAGAGUCGCUGCCCCUGUCGCUGCUGCUGUUGCCGGUGCCGCCACGGAAAAGAACCUAGCGGGAGACAUUGAACCGGUUAGUUUAGCGGCAGCAGAGGUGGCAACAACAAAGGAGGUGGAACGAGGCGGUACUCAAUGUACGGAGGACGGCUCUGACAAUUCCUCCAUCGUGUCGCUGAGCGUGUCGAGCGGUAGUUGA